AGUCUGCUGUCACGUGACACAGGUCGCGCGUCCUUGCGCUGCAGCUCUCAGGAAGCAGCGCUUCGUUACACGGGAAGUGAUAUGCCAGUGAGUUAGAAGGUAAAUAGUUACAGCUGAAAGAAGAAAAAGUGUGUAACGUGUGUCGUGUGUGCGGCAAACGUGCGUUAUUUUAAAACUAAGAUAAUUUUGAUCGUGGAAGAUGGAAACGCAAGAAACGCACUGACCCGCCAGACUGGAGGCCGACCUAAGCAGCCCGGCGUCGUGACGUCCACCUCCUAUCGGGGAAGUCAACAUCAGAGCAGUUCCUCUGAGGUUUCUGGAAUAAAAACACUGUGCAUUCAAAUGUUAGUAUGGGUGCAGAGAGUAGUGCACUGAAGAAAUGCACAUUAGAAGAACCAUUGUUAACUCUGCCUUCUGGAUUAACAAUCUACUCUGCUGUUUUAGAAGAUGGGAGGCCUGCUUCUGUUUUUGUAUACAAGCAUGAAAAUGAAGAUAAAGUCAACCAAGCUGCCAAACAUCUCAAAACUCUACGCCAUCCCUGUUUGCUGCGUUUUCUGUCCUGUUCAGUUGUGGUUGAUGGGAUCCACCUGGUGACAGAGAAAGUCCAACCCUUGGAAUUGGUUUUGGAGAGUCUCUCAUCUGAAGAGAUUUGUGCUGGGCUGUACGAUAUACUAAAUGCUCUAGUUUUCCUACAUGAUCGAGGAAAAUCAACUCAUAAUAAUAUUUGCAUCUCAUCUAUCUUUGUGAGUGAAGAUGGGCAUUGGAAACUAGGCGGAAUGGAGACCGUUUGCAAAUUUUCUGAAGCAACACCUGAGUUCUUAGACAGCAUAAAGACAGUAAGAGACCAAAGUGCUGUUCCACCAGAGGAAAAAGAUAACUGUUUCAAGAUUUUGCCAGACAAACAUGGUCAUGCACGAGAUGCCUAUUCCUUUGGAAUUUUAGUAGAAAAACUUUUCCCACUGUAUGAAAAUGUGCCUAAGGAUGUUUUGGAAAGUUUCCAGCAUGCUGUUAAAACUACCCUGCUGAACUCUGAGCCAUCGGUUCGCUGCUCUCUUUCCAAACUGGUAUCACACAGUUUUUUCAGUACAGAAUUCCUACAAAUAGUUAAUUUUUUGAAAACAUUGACGUUAAAGACAGAAGAUGAGAAGAAUGAAUUUUUCAAAUUUCUUUUAGACAAAGUUCAGUCUGUACCAGAAGAUUUAUUAGCAACACGCCUUGUUCCCAAAUUAUUGAAUUCACUUGUAUUUGCAGAACCUAUAGCAAUCAAAAGUUUUCUUCCACAUCUCCUUAAGCCUAAGACAGAUGCAAGCUCCCAGGACGGUCUGAUGUCACCAGCUCUUUAUCGUAGAUAUAUUAUCCCACACCUCCUGAAGCUGUUUAAAGUGAAUGAGGAACAUGUUCGCAUUGUAUUACUUUUACACAUUGAAGAUUACGCACAGAUGUUUUCUCAGGAUGAACUGAAACACCAAAUUUUACCACAGGUACUGCUGGGAAUGAGGGACACUAGCGAUGUUUUAGUUGCUAUGACCCUCCAGAGCUUGGCGGUACUAGUUCCUUUGCUUGGAGCACAAGUGGUUGUUGGCGGUGAAAGAACUAAAGUCUUUAAACGCACAACUCCAAACUUUACUAAGUCGGCAGAUGUAACACCAGAAGGAUCACCAGUUCAUGUAGGAAAUAACUUUAAAGCACAUGUUACUCAGCCAUCAAAAAUCACCUCAGUUAAGGUAUAUCCAAAACCAUUUGAAGCAAAAAGUCAGAAGCUUGGAAUCUUUAAAUCUAUGGAAACAAAGGAGGAUGUUAAACUUCCAGUUUUAUCAGAAUCAGCAGCAUUGAGAAGUGCAGAACUCGAGAAAAAAUUGGGAAUUAAUGGAUACUGCGAGAAAAAAGAAAAGAGUACACACUUAAUAACUGUGGAGGAAUGGCCAGACUGGAGUGAUGCUGAAGAUCCUGAUGCUGAGAAAAUUUCUGAAAUUCAAAUAAGGACUGCAGAAAAUAAUUUAAAUCAUAUUACAGGUCAAGACCAAAUGGAUGAAGCAGUUGAAGAAGAGCCUUGGGAUGAUUUUGAAGCUUGUAAUGAGAAGAGUGUUGUUUAUUCUUCAGCCACAGUCUCUGCAACUUCACAAGUGACUUCGACAAUGCAGAAAUCACUGCAGUCAAAAGCUCUAAAAUUGAGUUAUGUAUCAAAAGCCAGUAAAGUGAACAGUGAAGAAAAUGUCAAUAAUAACUGGUACCAAAUCCAGCCACCUGAAGCUAAACAGACUUCACAACUUCUGGAAAAAACAAGUAAAGUAGAAAAAAAUGUUCUAAAUGUUGGCUUAGGAGAGGAGUUUACAAUACACGUUAAAAGGAAGAAUCAGAGUGAUCCUGAAAUGGAUUUGUUUGCUGAUAUGGUUCCAGAUAUUAAGUUGUCCUCGGCCCCUUUAAUCUUACAGCCUAAUCGAACAGAUGCUUAUGAGGCAAGACCAGUGGGAAGUGAGACAGCCGAGCGAAAUCAAAUUGAUAUGCUGCUACUUCCAGCCAAGUUUGAUGCUGCUAUUGAUCUGAUAGAAACAGAAGCUGUUGGAUGGGAUGAUGGUGAUGUGACCUGGGGAGAAGAGAACAACUGGUGAAAACCUGAGGAUUGUGGAGUAUUGCACUAAAAUUAGGUUCUUUGGUUUAGAAAAUAACUUUUGCUAGGCUUAACUGGGCCUUCCAGUCUGUCGUUGAAUUACAGCCAAGUACAUGUGGUAAAUUUACUAAUAUCCACUCGAUUUUAACCAAUAAUAAUGUCACAGGAAAUGAACCCCAUGAUGCUGAGCCCAGUCUUUUACAGACUAUCCUGUACAGUGUAAAGCCAUACCAGUUUAAUUUGUAACUUUUUAUUGCUGCUUUGACCAGCCAUCUUUUGAGAUAAUUAGUAUAUUAAUAAAAUAUAAGCAUUCUUAUUAUGAGGCCUUUGCCCAGUCUAGCAUUGUUUGAAUGGUGCUGGAUAAAAUGUGACUUUGUUUUUGGUGCCAUAGAGAUAUUUUGCAUUAAAUCUAAAUAAGGGCCAAGAAAAGUUCUCUCUUGAACUGCCAAGAAUACAAGAUUGUAUAUUUUAGUUUGGUUGAAACUGAUAUAAAUUAUUUAUGCUUACCCAAUUGAUGAUGGAAUAAAUGAUUCAAAUGUAAAUGUGAAUUUUAUUGUAAAUGUCAUCUUUGCACUACAUUUAGUCUUGAGAGCCACUAAGAAUAAAAAUUACUAAAU